AUGAUGACACCAAACUUGAACCUGGAUCCUGAAGAUAAUGUAAAAAUCUGCGGCCAAGUAGGAUCAGAUGAAAUGCUACAAGAAACAACACAUGAUUUUACUAUGGACAACAUCACCGGUUCCUCGUGUCUUACCAAGGCUGAUCCUGAUCCAGGUUCUCUAUCCCUUGACUUGACCCUCAACUUCAAUCCCGGUGAGGAAGAGUUGAAAGGCACAGGUGAUCCUGGCUGUGAAGUAGGAGGUGAAAUUCAUGCCUCAGCAUCAGCAAUUCCAAGAAUUUUCUCUUGUAACUAUUGUCGCCGGAAGUUCUUUAGCUCGCAGGCAUUAGGUGGCCAUCAGAAUGCUCACAAAAGGGAGAGGACAAUGGCGAAGCGUGCAAUGCGAAUGGGGAUGUUCGCGGACAGGUACACUAGCCUUGCAUCUCGGCCUCUUCAUGGUUCUGCUUUUCGGUCCCUUGGACUUGAAGCUCAUGCUGCAAUGCACCAAGGACAUGUGCAUUCACUGAGGGCUCCUGAUAUGAGGGCUGCGGCAAAAUUCGGGAAAGACUAUUUUCGAACACCAAUCUUUGUUGAAGAUGAUGAUGUUGGUCUGUUUUGGCCUGGCAGUUUCAGACAGGUAGAUGAAAGGGUUGGCACUGUUGUUAAUCUGAGGCAUGAUGAACAUGCUCAUAAUUCAAGUACUAGGUUUGUAGCAACUGAUGCUCCAGCACAGACAUCUGCAUCUCCUGAUCUCACUCUGAGGCUUUGA